AUGGAUCGGGAAAAGUAUGAUAAAAGCUCUGUGGAGGAAGAAGAAAGAAGAAAAGUGAGUGGUACAACAAGUAUUGCAGAUAUGGGCGAUGAAAUGGAUCCUUGCGAGUGCCUGUGGAAUCACGAGUUGGCAAUGCGUCGUCUCAUCUCAUUGCUUCGUCAAGGCCAGUCUUACUGCACGGAUAGCGAGUGCCUGGAACAACUGCCAGGUCUACCCAGGCCAGAGUCAUCCGCGAACAACUUCUUAAUGAUGUUCCUUAUGAUGGCAGUUGCACUCGCCAUGUAUGCGAUGCGCCCGCGCGGCAACCAGAUACAGGAUGCUGCGAAACCUACGCAGAAUUCUCAAGACCACGACGGUGCGCCUCCGACGCCUCCGAGAAUAUAA